AUGUCUGCCGACCCAUCACAGGACCCUCCCAAGAAGAAGGUCAACUUGGCCGAUGUAUCUGGCGCCGAUGUUAAGGAGGAGUCGGAUGUGGCAACCGCAAUUUUGAAGAAGAAGAAGAAGCCUAAUCAGUUGAUGGUUGCCGAUGCCACAAAUGAUGACAACUCCAUCAUCGCACUCUCCAACAGCACCAUGGAGGCUUUACAGCUCUUCCGUGGUGACACUGUCCUUGUCAGGGGAAAGAAGCGGAAGGACACAGUCCUGAUCGUCCUAGCUGAUGAUGAGCUGGAUGAUGGAAGCGCACGACUCAACCGUGUGGUGCGUCAUAACCUUAGGGUCAAGCAUGGAGAUGUUGUCACUAUCCACCCCUGCCCUGACAUCAAAUAUGCCAAACGAAUUGCCGUUCUGCCGAUUGCCGACACCGUAGAAGGCCUGACGGGCUCCCUAUUCGAUGUCUUCCUGGCACCCUAUUUCCGGGAGGCCUACCGUCCAGUCCGCCAAGGCGACAUUUUCCUGGUUCGUGGUGGCAUGCGUCAAGUCGAGUUUAAGGUUGUUGAGGUCGACCCUCCGGAGUACGGUAUCGUAGCCCAAGACACGGUCAUCCACUGCGAGGGCGAGCCCAUUCAGCGCGAUGAGGAGGAGAACAACCUCAACGAGGUUGGCUACGACGACAUUGGUGGCUGCAGGAAGCAGAUGGCACAGAUCCGUGAGAUGGUAGAGCUUCCUCUUCGCCAUCCUCAGCUAUUCAAGUCCAUCGGAAUCAAGCCUCCGCGUGGUGUCCUCCUCUAUGGACCUCCUGGAACCGGAAAGACGCUCAUGGCUCGAGCUGUCGCAAACGAGACUGGCGCUUUCUUCUUCCUUAUUAACGGCCCCGAGAUCAUGUCAAAGAUGGCUGGCGAGUCUGAGUCCAAUCUGCGCAAGGCCUUCGAGGAGGCUGAGAAGAAUUCACCGGCCAUCAUCUUUAUUGAUGAGAUCGAUUCCAUUGCACCAAAACGUGAGAAGACAAACGGCGAAGUUGAGCGACGUGUCGUUUCGCAGCUCUUGACCCUCAUGGACGGCAUGAAGGCGCGUUCCAACGUUGUGGUUAUGGCCGCAACCAACAGGCCUAACUCUAUCGACCCUGCCCUGCGCCGAUUUGGACGUUUCGAUCGUGAGGUUGACAUCGGAAUUCCGGACCCGACCGGUCGUUUGGAGAUCCUCCAAAUCCACACCAAGAACAUGAAGCUUGGUGAUGAUGUGGACUUGGAGCAAAUCGCCGCUGAGACGCACGGUUACGUUGGUUCUGAUGUUGCAGCUCUUUGCUCAGAGGCGGCCAUGCAACAGAUUCGCGAGAAGAUGGAUCUCAUCGACCUUGACGAGGAUACCAUUGAUGCUGAGGUCCUCGACUCUCUAGGUGUCACCAUGGAGAACUUCCGCUUUGCUCUUGGCGUUUCCAACCCUUCUGCUCUGCGCGAGGUUGCAGUUGUCGAGGUUCCCAACGUUCGUUGGGAGGAUAUUGGUGGUCUGGAUGAGGUCAAGCAGGACCUCAGGGAACAGGUUCAGUACCCAGUUGACCACCCCGAGAAAUUCCUCAAGUUUGGUCUCUCACCAUCACGUGGCGUCCUUUUCUACGGUCCUCCGGGUACCGGAAAGACCAUGCUGGCCAAGGCCGUUGCCAACGAGUGUGCAGCCAACUUCAUAUCUGUCAAGGGUCCAGAGUUGCUCAGCAUGUGGUUUGGAGAGUCGGAAAGCAACAUCCGUGACAUCUUUGACAAGGCACGCGCUGCGGCGCCUUGCAUCGUCUUCCUUGAUGAGCUUGACUCCAUCGCCAAGGCCCGUGGAGGCUCCGUGGGUGACGCCGGUGGUGCAUCGGACCGUGUUGUGAACCAGCUGCUAACGGAGAUGGACGGUAUGACUUCCAAGAAGAAUGUGUUCGUUAUUGGAGCGACCAACCGCCCGGAGCAACUGGACCCCGCCCUUUGCCGUCCUGGUCGACUUGACUCGCUUAUCUACGUGCCGCUUCCUGACGAGCUGGGCCGCCUCAGCAUUCUCAAGGCCCAGCUGCGCAAAACGCCUGUCUCGGAUGAUGUUGACCUUCAGUACAUUGCCAGCAAGACGCAUGGCUUUUCUGGAGCCGAUCUUGGGUUUAUCACCCAGCGUGCCGUCAAGAUCGCCAUCAAGGAGUCUAUCACUGCUGACAUCAACCGCACUAAGGCUCUCGAGGCUGCAGGCGAGGAUGUCCCCAUGGACGAGGAUGCUGAGGAUCCUGUGCCUGAGUUGACGAAGCGUCACUUUGAGGAGGCCAUGCAACAGGCUCGCAAGUCGGUCAGCGACGUCGAGAUCCGCCGCUACGAGGCUUUCGCCCAGCAGAUGAAGAAUGCUGGCCCGGGUGCCUUUUUCAAGUUCCCUGAAGGCGCGGGUGCACCGGCAGCCAGCGGCGGCGAGUCUUUUAACGACGGUGGUAACGACGAUGGUCUGUACGACUAA